AUGGCGAAACGUUCAGGACGGUACAAACGAUACUUGGAGAACGAUACAGAAAUAAUCCCAAGGCGAACCAAGUUCAGAUGGAAUGCAAAAAACUACAAUGAAAAUGGUCCAAGAAAUACUGGAGGUGACAGUAACACUUCCAACAGUGAAAAUGAAAAAAUGGGCAAUGAGCACUUCGAGAAGGACAUUCAAGAGCCUUUAGACAUUGAGGAUGACGGAGUAAACACAGAAGAUGAUAUGGUUAAUGCAUCCAGCUGUGAAGUGGACAAUGAAAACUCCACAACUAGCCUUAUGGGUACUGACAUUCAAGAGAACAACAUUGAAGAUGACAUGAGCAAUGCAUCCAACAGUGAAGAUGAUGAUGGUGCAGUGGACAAUGAAAACUCCUCCACAAGUAGCCUGUUUGGUGCUGACAUUCAAGAGUAUGAGGAAGACCUGUCAGAUUCUGAAGGAAGUAUGCUUCAUGCUACCAGGAGUGAAGCUGGAAAUGAUGGGGACAGUGAAAACAUGAUGGAGGACAAUACUGGUGGAGGAAGCACCUCAGAAUUUUCAGUGGACAACGAAGAUAGAGCUGAUGCUGGUGACAAGCCCUUGUAUCCUGGGGCACGUCUUUCUAAAGGAGAAAGUAUAUUGAUGCUGAUGUCCUAUUUGUUACGACAUAAUUUAACCGGUGAAGCAUUUACUCACUUACUGGAAAUGUUUAACAUAAUGUUUCCAGGUCUUAUCCCAUCUUCACAUUACCUUUUCCACAAAGAAUUUGUUAGGAGUCGGUCCGUCCCCUUGGUGGACACCAGGGGGGGCCGAUCCGCGUCUCACUCAGCUGACUCCGGUGCUUGCACGGACAGAAGCCGUUUGACUCCCUCUGCGCCCACCAGGGGGAGCCAAGCGCGUGAGACUCCUCUCAUUGCCACCCGAGGGCGGGCUCGUGGUAGUUCUACUAGGGGGAGCAGAACUACAAAGCCCAAGCCGCCCUCGCGCAAUCAGCAGCAACGGGGAACACCUGGCUGA